GAUUUUUUUUAAAUAAUUAAUUUUGGUUUUUGUGAGAGAAGAAGAAAGGAAACAGGAAGAAAGGCGUCUUCUGUCUGUCUAAUCUUCCCGUGAUCAAAGCGACUCCUUUUCUUCUCUCUCAGGAAAUCAAAAUCAAAUCCGUCCCUGUUGCUUCAAAUUCAAGGAACCCUCCAUUUCCCUUUGUCACAGAUCCCCUGCUUUCCCCCCCUUUCUGCCAUUAUUGAGCUGUUCUUCGGUUACCCGUCGUUCUCAUGAUGAUAGAUGGAUCCUUCUCCUUCCUCCGCCGCAUCAUUUCAUGACUCGCGCAUUGACAUGUCACCGGCGUUACUAGGCACCGUCGGUGCUGCUACUUCCCUCAAUCAGAACCCUAAUAAUUUCGCCGGUCAGGUUCCUCCUCGUCCGAGCUUGCCUUCACCUUCCUCGUCGCCGUUCUAAUUCUGUGAAUUUAUCAUCCACCAGGCGGAGGAGAGGUCGUUGUCGUUGAGGUACGACGGCGAUGAAUCCUUCCGGUUUCGGCAGUUUGAAUUCUGGGUUCCAUGGUUCGGGCGAGAACAACGUCAAUAACAACAUGGGCUUCCACUCGUCCUCGGUUGGGCAUGCGGCGCCGGGUAAGGGAGUUGCGAAACCUAGAUUGGUGAAGGUUAGAAGGCAAUUGAGUAGUCAGAACCCGAAAUCAUCUUUGGGUCCCGGUGCGAAUCCGUUCCUUGGUAUACCCUGCUCUGGCGAGGCUGCCGAUGGGAAGGCUGGCAAUGAGGGGUUUGUGUUUGGAGCUUGUAGGAGUACUUCGAUUGGGAGGUUAAACCUCGACAAGGGGAUUCUUGAUGAGAUGAAAAGCUUGAGCCUUGGUAGUCAGAAUGAGUUUCUUAAUAGGAGUUCGAAUGUGGACAGUGCUAGUGGUUUUGUGUCUGGGAGUGAUCCGAAUGCAAGUUCUGUUCUCGAAGAGAACUUAAGCAAGUUGGCGAUCAACGGCCAUGAGAAUGCUGCCGAUGGAAAGUUUAGGUCAAGUGGUAAUGAUGGUUCAUUUGGUAGUGGGAAAGGCCCGGAAUCCUUGCUGCCAGAUGAGUUGAUGAAGAAGUUGAAUAUUGGGAAGAGCAGUAGCUCUGGUAAUUUUGCUUUCAGUGUGGAGUCUACAAAGGGGUUUAUCUCUAAGCCUCAUGAAGGGAGUAGAAGAAAUGUGUCAUCUGAAGAGUUAGGGAACGAGCUUUAUGAUCAGAUGAAAAACUUGAACAUGAAAGAAGCUGGUGGUGUUAAUGAGGCUAAUCGUAGUCAUAAAGUGAAGGAUGACUUUGGGAGUGAGAGGAAAGAAAGAUCUGUACUUUUGGCAGAGGAAGAGAGAGAGAACAAAUUGUUAGAUGACAUGAAUUUUAAGUUGAAAAUCGGAAGUGCAAUGGGGGGAUCAGCUGGUCCGAAGGAUCCAACUUUUCCUACUUCUCGAAUCGUUGGACAGGACUUGCAAACUGGAAAUAAGAAUGAUAAGAAAUCAGAUGAUGUUAGAGGUGUGGAUGCCUUGGGGUUUACAUUUACGGAACGGUUGCAGAGUCAUGAUCCAAGUCGCAAUCACGCUCCUUUAAGUCAAUCAAAAGUUGAUAGGAAACAGGCUGAAGGUACAGGACCAUCUACAGCAUUUUCAUUUGGCGGUGUUCCCUUGCCCAAGAGUGUAAAUGAGAAAGAAGGGGCGGUACCGUUUGUGGGAUUCAGAACCCCUAAUCCAAAGGGGGGUAGCUUCUCUGGCGUAAAUAAUAAGGUUGAAUUCAGUGCUAAGCUAAAGGAUUCGAAACUUAAGAAAGGAAAGGGCAAGGUGAAGAAUUCUACAAAAGUGCAUCUGUUCACUGGGUUAGAAUACAACUCGAAGGAAGCCCCUGAGGCUAGUGACUCGUACUCACCUAUGGAUAUUUCUCCAUGUAUGUUAUCGGAAACACGAUGUUCCAGGGAAUCAUCAUUGGCAUCGGAGGAGUCUUUCAGCACCAAUCACCAAUUUGCCUCAAGUGAGCCAGAGUACCGAGAAACUUCUCUAAACGGCUCAAUGGAAGAUCUGGUUGUUGCAGCAGAACAAAUGGACAUAAAUACAGCUUCAACGGAGGAAGCAUCUGAUCAUCGUUGUGGUAAGGGUCUUGAUGCUGAUGGUGCUCCUCCAGAAGAUUCUGUUUCUGGUGCCGAAACUGAAAGCUUUAAGUCUGCAGAUGAAGAAAUAGAUCUAGUUAAUGAUGGUGUGGUUAAUUCAAGAGAAAAGGAAGCUAGUUCAAGCAACUACAGCGAGAGACAAGAUUCUGAAAUGACCACUCAAUUUUAUUCUGGUGCUUGUUCAGAAGAUUCAGGUGCUUCAGGUUUCAGAUUUGCUGCCUCUUCUACUGCACAGUCAUCUGGGAAACCUCACCCUAAAAAGAAGAAUUCCCAUCUUUUAUUAAAUACAAAGAUCCCAUUUGGGUCCUCCUCUUUUAAGUUGAAUUCUUACUGUGGAGCUUCACCGCUUUUGUCUCCGGCCAAUGACUGUAGGAAUGGUGUAUCCAGCCCAUUGCUUUUGUCCCCAGCCGUAGACAAUAAAAGUGGUUUGCCCAGCCCUUUGCUUUUUCCCCCUGCCAUAGACAAUAGAGCUGGUUUACCAAGCCCUUCCCCAGUGUUUGGUGAUAAUUCAGAGAUACAUAGAGGGAAGGAAAUCAAGCAAGUUUCUGAUAUUAGCUCUGCUGCAUCUGUUGCAGCACAAGAAGCUUGUGAAAAGUGGAGGCUGAGAGGGAAUCAAGCAUAUAAAAAUGGGGAUCUGCUGCGAGCAGAAGAUAGUUACACUCAAGGGUUGAGUUGUAUUCCCAGAACUGAAAAAUCCAGGAGCUGCCUUAGAGCUUCGAUGCUCUGCUACAGUAAUCGUGCAGCAACGCGGAUGUCUUUGGGGAGAGUGAGAGAUGCACUUGAAGACUGCAAGACAGCUGAGGGACUUGAUCCUAAUUUUCUGAGAGUUCAACUUAGAGCAGCAAGUUGUUACCUAGCUUUGGGUGAAGUUGAAAAUGCAUCAAAUUUUUUCAAGAAGUGCUUGCAAUUAGGAAGUGAUGUAUGUGUGGACCGGAAGAUCGAAAUAGAAGCAUCUGAUGGACUAGAGAAGGCCCAGAAAGUGAUGGAGUGUAUGCAACGGGCUGCUGAACUCUUAGAAAGGAGAACACUGAAUGAUGCCGGGAGCGCUGUGGAAGUUAUUUCUGCGGCUUUGCUCAUUAGUCCAUUUGGCGACAAGUUAGUUGAAACUAAAGCACAAGCCCUCUUCAUGCUUCACAAGUAUGAAGAGGUAAUUAUGUUGUGUGAGCAGACUCUUGAUUCUGCCAAAAAGAAUUCUCCCUCUGUACCUGCUGACUAUGAUCCGGCUCAUGCUGACCAAGCGGCAUCCCCCAAGAGGGAACCCUCCUUUAGGCUUUGGCGCAGCCGCUUGACUUUUAUGUCAUACUUCUAUCUUGGGAGGCUGGAGGAAGCCAUUAGCUCAUUGGAGAAACAAGGGGAUCCCAAUUCUACUUCUGACUGCAGCUAUCUGGAAUCAUUAAUACCGUUGGCUUCCACAGCACGGGAACUCUUACACCAUAAGGUUGCAGGAAAUGAAGCAUUUCAAGCAGGAAAGCAUUCUGAAGCCAUUGAACACUAUACUGCUGUUCUGUCGCACAAUGUGGAGUCCCCCCCUUUCGCAGCUAUUUGUUUCUGUAACAGAGCUGCUGCGUAUAAGGAGUUGGGGCAACUUACUGAUGCCAUUGCUGACUGCAGCUUUGCGAUAGCACUUGAUGGAAAUUAUCUGAAGGCAAUUUCUAGACGGGCCACUCUCUAUGAGAUGAUUAGAGAUUAUGGGCAGGCAGCUAAAGACCUCGAGAGACUGUUAUCUGCACUCACAAGACAGGCAGAUGAUAAAACCAACCAGCUCGGCCAAGGCGAUGGGUCUGCGCACUUGCUUAAUGAUCUAAGACAAGCUCGUCUUCGUCUCUCUAAUGUGGAAGAAGAAGAUAGAAAGGAGAUUCCAUUGAAUGCCUAUCUCAUCUUGGGUGUUGAGCCUUCUGCAUCAGCUGCAGAAAUCAAGAAAGCAUACCGGAAAGCUGCUCUGAGACACCAUCCUGACAAGGCCGGUCAAUCCUUGGCGAGGGGUGAAAAUGGCGAUGAUGGACUCUGGAAGGAGAUAGGAGAAGAAGUCCAUAAAGAUGCCGACAGACUUUUCAAAAUGAUCGGAGAGGCUUAUGCUGUUCUCUCAGACCCUGCCAAGCGGUCACAGUAUGAUCUGGAGGAAGAGAUGAGGACUGCACAGAAAAAACGUGGCGGAAGCAACAGCUUCGGUAGAGCAUAUCAAGAGACCCACCACAACUCUCAAUUCGAUAGAGGUGGUGGUUCCAGGAGAAACUGGAGAGAGGUUUGGCGAGCAUAUGGUCGAUAAGCUAUUGCCUACGCCCCUCAAAGUGGCACUCUCGUUCGGAUCAUACAUCAGUUUGAUUCCCACAAAGAAGACUCCGCGGAUUGGAGUCUUAUGAAAUGAGCCUCCGCCUAGCAGCAGGAAGCCAGGAAGGACGAAGAAGGCUCGUCGUGAGCUCAGAACCUGACCAGAAUAUCCGGGUUUGUAUCUAGUGCCGGAAUAGAUUAUGCUAGUUCUACACUUGUUGAUAGUUGGGGGAGAGAUGUGAAUUGAGUUUUGACCUGUUUGGGGUUUCCUUUUUGGUUCGUUUAUGGUGUUGUUUACCCCCUCUUAAGUUGAAUGGGCUUUUACUUUUUACCAGUUGGGAACUAAUACUACAUGAAGAAAUGGAAGGCAAGAGCAUAGUGUAACAAGAACUAAUGCACACAGAAAAAGGGCAAAAAAAUUCUGUAUAGCUUCAGCAGAUGAGCAGAUAGAAAGAGACUGAAUGUCAUUUGCAUAGCCUCACAUUGUACAUUUUUUAUUAUAUUCAUGAUUUCCUUUUCUUCUGUCUGGAUCAUUAUUUUUGCUGAACUUGUAGUCAUCAAAUUUUGUUUUCUUAUCUGGGUUUCUGCCAGAUGUAUAAUUACAUAAUCCAAUUAUGUUGAACAUUCAGGAG